AUGUUACUUCCAGCACCGGGACGCAGCGUGUCACUCAGCCCGCCUGUGACCAAUCAGUGCGCGGCUAAGCUCCUCCCUCCCGCCCCGGCAGGAGCGGCUGGGUCCCGGCGGGGUUCUCCUCCUUUCCGCUGCUCCGCUCUCCGAGUCCGGCUGUUUGUGCUCCCAGAGCUGCUCGGCCUGCCCAUGGACAGAGGAGCGAUGCUGACCGCGGCUCUGCUGUGCUGCUGGAGCUGCACCGUGUGUGUGGUCACAGCCAUCCGGAGGACGGAUCUGUUCCCUUUCGGGGAUUUGAACGGAGAUUUAAUUCUACCAGAGGGCGACGAUGAGACAUCCAGAGCGCUGACCCUACCGAGACCCUUUUACUUUUUUGACUCCCCUUUUUCCCAGCUCUAUGUGGCCACGAAUGGCAUCGUCUCGGCUCAGGACCUGCCAAUGGAAAAGCAGUAUGUUGAUGAUGGUCUGCCUACAGACUUCCCCGUUGUGGCUCCGUUCCUGGCCGACAUUGACACAAGUGGAGGACGAGGAAACAUUUACUACCGCCUUACUGAAACACCCAGUGUACUUAACAGAUUUGCUCAGGAGGUUCACCGGGGCUUCCCAGAUGCAAAAUUCACUCCCACACACGCCGUGGUGGCAACGUGGGAAAACGUCGCUGCGUACGAAGAACAAGCUCGAGCCACUGGCGCUACCAACAAGGUCAAUACGUUCCAAACUGUGAUUGGAUACGAUGAAACUGACUCGUACGUUCUCUUCCUUUAUCCCGAAGAUGGACUCAACUUUUUUGGGACGCGACCCAAGGAGUCCUAUAAUGUGGAGAUAGAGUUUCCUGCUAGAGUUGGCUUCAGUAGAGGAGAAGUUUCAUUUUUCAUCAUCUCCAAAACCGAUGGACCUUUUUACAGCGUUGCCCAAGAUGAAAACAGUGUUAAAAGGCUUUCUCAGGUUGGAAAUACCGGCGUUCCAGGUGUUUGGCUCUUCCACACUGGAAAACGGUUUUCUUUUCAAGAGAUCAUUCCUGCAUCCAUUGGUGGUCUCCUUGCUGUCCCCCCUACUGCUGGUUAUGGUCUCUAUCUGGACACAACCACUCCAGAAUAUGAGUUUGAUGAUUACAACUUUGAGCCAGAGAGCCAAGAAGAAGUGGAUGCUGCUGGUAGUCCCGACUCUCCAAAUACUCGAUCGGAAGACUCCGAUCGCCAGUUAUCGUACAACAGAGAAGACGUGCCGUUGACCUUGGAGCCGGUAGAAAGGCAGUACGCUCCACCCAGGUUUCCACUGACGGUUCCAGAAGGGCGCACUCAACGGGUCGAGGAACAGCAGCCACAGGUGGUGGACGUCUACCCCCCUCUGAGAAACCCGCCCCCCUCUGGAGGUCAUGUGGUCAGCGUGGAUGAAGAGGAUGUUGACUUUGACACAGGAGUGAUCCAGUACACUACAGAGAACAAGGAAACAUGCGCCAGGUUCCAGCAGCAAUGUUCCCAGAAUGCAUUCUGCUCAGAUUACGCCACAGGAUUUUGCUGCCACUGCCGACCGGGCUUCUACGGAAAUGGCCGCCAUUGUCUGCCAGACGGCGCUCCUCAGCGUGUCAGCGGUAAAGUGAGCGGCACGGUGACGGUGGGUUCGACUCCGGUUGAGCUGAACAACAUCGACCUUCACGCCUACAUCGUGGUUGGAGAUGGAAGAGCUUACACAGCCAUUAGUGAGGUACCGGAACCAGUGGGCUGGGCCAUGAUGUCGGUUUCACCAGUCGGAGAGCUUUUCGGUUGGCUGUUUGCUCUGGAGCUGCCCAAUAGCCAAGCGGGAUUUAAAAUCACAGGUGCAGAAUUCAGUCGUCAUGCUGAGGUGGUGUUUAGCCCCGGCAACCAGCGCCUGUCCAUCACGCAAACGGGCCGCGGCCUUGACGAACACAACCACCUCAGUGUGGAUACUGUCAUUAAUGGCAAUGUUCCAUUCGUUCCACCUGGAGCUGAAGUUACUAUGAAGCCCUUCAAGGAGACCUACCAGUACUACCCGUCUGUCGCCACCUCCAGCUCUGUCAGGGAGUUUUCUGUCGGUUUGCCUGAAAAGGCCUCAGAGUCUUACACGUUCCACCUGAAGCAGAACAUCACCUACCGCGACUGUCGCCACGGAAACCAGGCUGCCACCCCGGAGACGCUGCAAAUCAACAUGGAGAGGGUGUUUGUGAUGUACGUCAAGGAGGAGCGAAUCCUGAGAUACGCCAUCACCAACAAGAUCAGCCCGGUUGGAGAUUCGUCGGAGGUUGAACUGUUGAACCCCUGCUAUGCUGGGAACCAUGACUGCGACACGACAGCACAAUGCAUCCCUCUGGAGGGCCAAGCUUUCCGGUGCCAAUGUGCUACUGGCUAUAGAGGAGAUGGACAGAACUGUUAUGGUAACUUCACCUCCCUGUCUUUCUGUUUCCACUCCUACACACACUCAGACAUGAAGACUCAUACUGAUUGUGUUUGA